AAGAGUAAAUUAACAUGAGACAUGUUGUACUUUAAAACAGUAACCAUUUUUUUUUCUCUAACAGAUCAGUAAUCAGUUACGUAAUCUGUGAAGGAAUACAUUUUAAAGCCUGGACUGCAACACUUGCUAAAGUGAUAUGACAAAAUCAGAACUGACAAAAACCUGUUUUUGACAACUAAUGAUUUUUUUGUGUAGGUUCAUAGUUUGUGUGGCCUAUUAUUUCACAGAAUGUGUGUAGGUAGAACAUUAAUCAUAAUAAAACUAAUAUUAACUAAAAAUUAAUAUUAAUGGGACACAAUAUAAAAUUAAACAAAUAAAUGUGUUGCCCUAUUCCACUUGUUUUUACUGUUUUAUUUAAUACACACUGAGUUCAACAGUUUGGUGGGGAAAUGGAGAACUAAAGCGGUUUUACUGAAAGUGGUGCUCUUUGAGGAGGUGGAGUGUUUGAGGAGGUGGAGUGAUCUGUAAGUGUAGACAGCCAUCCCCUCUCCUGCAGUUUAUAGAGAUAAGCCUGUUCCUAAGUUCCUUUAUUUAGAAUCAAACCGUUACUCUGACCUGUCCUCUUCAGCUGUAGAAUGGCCUGGUCCUGGUUCUCUGUCUGCUUUCUGGCUCUGCUGAGCAGUGAGGUGGUUCCAGGAGAAGCUCAAACUCCCUCAUGGAUAAGCGGAAAUCUGCAGGGAAUGAUGUUCAGUGUGAUGAACGGUGGAAAUGUUCGUUUCCGCUCAGACAAUCCCGCUAACAUCACUGGACUCACUGUCUGCCUCAGAGUGCUGACUAAACAGCAGAGCUACGGUAUUCAGCUCACGUUGGAAAACCAAACUGAUUUUGUGAGAUUAGAUGGUUUUCCUAAUAGUAUGCACAGAUUGUAUGUGAGUGGAAGCAGUGUGAGCUUUGACUGGUACUUUUCAGUUGCAUCUUAUGUGGAGCGUUGGCCGUGGAAGAACAGGUGCUUCACCUGGGAGUCCAGCAGUGGGAUGGCCCAGCUAUGGCUUGACGGAACCAUGAGUGUCCGCAAAGGCGUCGCCAGAGGACAGGUGUUUUCUGGUCAGGUUGAGUUAUCCUUGUAUCAGUUUGAAGGGCAGUUGUCUGACGUCUACGUUUGGGACAGGGCUCUAUCUGUUCAAGAGCUCUUUAAUUUCCUCUAUUACAAUUACAACUUCCCACCCAGCAGCAUUCUGAACUGGCAAUGGAUCCAAUACAGCACCAGUGGCUACACAGUCCUGGAGCCCAAACUCGUCAGACCAUCUUCUGUGAAAACCCACAGACGCAAGAAGCAAAAAAAGGACCAGGCACUGAGAAGAAGAAUCUUCUAAAGGAAGAUUCAAGAAGAUCAAGCUACAGUGAUUCCACUGCUCGUCCAGCUUGUCAUGAUAAAACUGAAUUUCUUCUAGUUUUCUAGCAAAUAUGAGCCAAUAAUUUACUGCAUACCAGUGGCUUUCAUAAUAUCACCUGAUUUAACCGUUGUAACUUCACUCUACUGACUGCUGAACAACUUUAACUUUGACUAAUAGAAACAGUUAAUCACAUUUAACAUUUCUUUGCAAGAUUUAUAUGUUAUAAACUAUUCUCAGAGCCGAUGUAUGUAUGUCUGUCUGGCAACAACAUGAGAUUUUUUUAGAUGGUUUCUCUAAUUGCAACAUCCCAGGUGAUCUCAGAUAAACUUCUCUGUUUCAGAUAUAUUUUUAUUAUCUCUUCCUUAUUCUUGCAAGUUUCUGUUCCUUUUUGCAAGGCAAGAUCAGGACAGUUUCAGUUUCAAGAAUGGAAUGGUCUUUAAACUCUGUUCUCUAUAAACCCUAGACUAGGAGGUCAAUUUUUGGGCACAUGUUGUAUGAAUAAGCAGAAUUAGACGGAUGAUAACACCAUAUGUGGCUUAUUUUAGAAUGUUCUUCUCCAUCCAGAAGGGGGUAUAAAGAUAUCUGUAAAAUAGAUGAAAGCCAGAACUCUCAUAUUUCUGUAUUUUUCUUUAUGUCCUAACACUUUAUGUAUAUCUCUUUGUCAUUAAUCUUUCCAAUAAAUGUAUUUUUUUUUCUUAAAAUGACGAGGUGGCUCAACUUUUAAUCACAAAUUUCAACCGCAACUCAGUGUCCAAUUUCCAGCACAUUUUUCUUUAGACAGAUUAAAACCAUAAAACAGAUAAUUAGCUAAUACAGUCUAAUACAGCAGUCCAGUCUCGACCCCUCUGUCUUGCCCAAUCCACACAGUGUCACUGAUGCAAAACACAACUUAUACGCUAACACACUGAAGGCCCUUUCACACCAAGUACAUGGAAAAAAUAGAUGUAGUUUUUAAUAUAGUGGAUCCUUCACACCGAUGUUGAUGCGUCAGUACCCUUUGUGCUUCGUAAAUGGAGCUAGAAACUCCAUUGUUCUCAUAAAUUUCCAUUCAUGUAACAUCAGCGUUAUAUUACAGUUAUAGUACUAUAAGCAAUCAACUGCUGAGAUAUUACAUACUUCAUGUUCACAUUUUCCAUUCCACUUUUAAAAGGUGCAUAUGUGCUUUAAACCUGUGGUACAUUGUAAGAGCUUUAUUAGUUUUAUUGUAAGAUUAUUAGACAAUUUUACACUGUGCAGACGUAACAAAAAGUCCACAUGAAAACAAUCCCGGAUUCUUAUUUGAAUAAUCUCUUUCACCUUAAAAGCUGAAGACAAUGCAUUUUUAGCUUCAGGUGGAACUAAGCCUCCAGAUAUGAAAAAGGCUAAAAGAUGGGAGAAGGAACUUGGUGAUGUAUAGGUUUAGGGGCGGGGCAGGAGAGAACUGAUUGACUGAGUUGCAGCAGCAGCAGUGUGCCUCUUAUAGCGGUGAGACCCAGAUGUCUAGAUUAUGGUUUGGGUGACCCAUAUGUAACAGUGUUAAAAGUAUAUAUAAAUAGUUCAAUGAAAUUACUGCAGAUGAGUUCAGCAUCACCUGCUGGUCAAAGGCUGCCAGUUUUUAGUAUAAAAGGAAUGCUUGUUGGGAGACCCCCAGCAGUCUGAGAUAUCCCUGCUGUGUGUUGUCUCUCUGCAGAGCUCCAGUAAAAAUCACUAAAAUAACAGAAUAAGUACUCAACGCCAGUAUAUUUUAAAAUUUGACAGCUCUAAACGACUAUAUAAUGAUUGUGCAUGUGUUAGUUACAUGUAUUAAGUCGUUUUUGUGUGCCAAUUAGCUAGCUGAUUUAGCUAGCCGUUUUAGCUAAUUAAUUAGCUAGCUAAUUUCUGUUUAGGCUGGCUAAGCUGACCAGAAACUGAUCUAAUGUGUUAUGUGAAUGCUGAACUCGUUGCAGGUGGGUUUAAUUCUAUAAUUCUUGUUACUCCUUAAGUUAAAUAUUUGAGGAAUUAUAAAAUGUGCUUUAGCUUGAGCCCAGCUCUGCUAGGUGUGUUAUAUCUGGUGCAACCUCAAGGUGGCAGUAUUGUAUCUUUUUUUUUAUGUUUUUACUGUGAAAAUCUACAAAAUAAAUGAAGUGAUUCGA